GGGGGGCGGAAUGGGAAGGGGCGCGGGGCGGCGCAGGCGCAGUGCGGCGGCCGAGGCAGUGUGUAUGUGAGGCUCUGACGGGUUCAAAAUGGCGGCGGCGGCUCCUGUGAGAGGACAAAGGCGCAGGAGGGACCUGGAGGAAGAGGACGACGACAGCAGCCCUGGAGUGUCCUUCUCGCUUUCUUCAGAAGAGUCGGAGAUGGAGCCCGAGGAAGAAAGGAUCCGUUACAGCCAAAGAUUACGUGGCACAAUGCGGCGGCGUUACGAGGAUGAUGGCAUAUCUGAUGAUGAAAUUGAAGGGAAGAGGACAUUUGACCUUGAGGAAAAGCUCUCUACCAACAAGUUUAAUUCUACCUUCGUCAUCUUCAUGGAAGGCAAAGACUUCACAGUUGAAUACAUCCAGAGAGGUGGCCUGAGAGACCCCCUCAUCUUCAGGAGCUCCGAUGGCCUGGGUAUAAAGAUGCCAGAUCCGGACUUCAGCGUGAACGAUGUGCGGCUGUGUGUUGGGAGCCGGCGGAUGGUGGAUGUCAUGGAUGUAAACACACAGAGGGACAUAGAGAUGUCCAUGGCACAGUGGGCACGCUACUAUGAAACACCUGAAGCUGAACGGGAGAAACUUUACAAUGUCAUCAGCCUGGAGUUCAGCCACACCAAACUGGAGAACCUGGUGCAGAGACCUGCUACGGUGGAUCUGAUUGACUGGGUUGAUAACAUGUGGCCCAGGCACCUGAAGGAGAGUCAGACAGAGUCUACGAAUGCUAUUUUAGAAAUGCAGUAUCCAAAAGUACAGAAGUACUGUCUGAUGAGUGUCAAGGGCUGCUACACUGAUUUUCAUGUGGACUUUGGUGGUACUUCUGUGUGGUACCACAUCCACCGAGGAGGAAAGAUCUUCUGGUUGAUCCCUCCUACACCCCAGAACCUGGAGCUCUAUGAAAACUGGCUUCUCUCAGGGAAGCAGGGAGACAUAUUUCUUGGGGACAGAGUGUCAGAGUGCCAGCGCAUCGAGCUCAAGCAGGGUUAUACAUUUGUCAUCCCCUCAGGUUGGAUCCAUGCUGUGUACACUCCCAUGGACACGCUGGUUUUUGGAGGCAACUUCUUGCACAGCUUCAACAUCCCUAUGCAGCUCCGGAUCUACAGCAUUGAAGACCGCACGCGGGUCCCAAACAAGUUUCGUUAUCCCUUCUAUUAUGAGAUGUGUUGGUAUGUGCUAGAGCGCUAUGUCUACUGCAUCACCAGCCGUUCCCAUCUCACCAAGGACUUCCAGAAGGAAUCACUCAGCAUGGGUGAGCUCCUCUCCAGCCCCUGCUCCUCCUUCUCGCAUGCUGCUGCAGACAUGGAGCUGAGCUCCUCAGACUUAGUAAACAUGGAGGAAGAGGAGGAGGAAGAUGAGGAUGCGCAUGGGAAGGAACCAAGGAGACCAAUCACGAGACAGUCUGUUCUUACCAGUCCUGUAGCCAAUGGUGCCAAUGUGGACUACGAUGAACUGGGCAGGAGCUGCCGGAGCAGCAUGCCAACUCUGAAGAAGAGCCCAUCUAUAGACUCCUCUGACUCUAGCCGGGGCUCCCAGAAUGGCCAGGCCUGGGAGCCACAUGGUGGCAGUCCACGCAAGAGCAGGAGGGUGCACCUGACACAGUUUGAGCUGGAGGGGCUGCGCUGCCUGGUAGACAAGCUAGAGUCACUCCCUCUGCACAAGAAGUGCGUUCCUACCGGCAUCGAGGACGAGGACGCUCUCAUCGCUGAUGUCAAGUUGCUACUAGAGGAAUACGCAAACAGUGACCCCAGACUGGCACUUACAGGCAUCCCCAUUGUCCAGUGGCCCAAGAGAGACAAGCUAAAGCUGCAGGCCCGGCUGAGAGUGCGCCUGCCCACCAUCCCCAUCACCAAGCCUCACACCAUGAAGCCAACCCCUCGCCCAACACCCAUCAGGCCCACAAUGUCCCCCAUCGUGUCAGGUGCCCGCCGGAGGCGUGUGCGCUGCAGGAAAUGCAAGGCCUGCAUGCAAGGCGAGUGUGGCAUGUGUCACUUCUGCAAGGACAUGAAGAAGUUUGGGGGGCCUGGCAGGAUGAAGCAGUCCUGUGUCCUACGGCAGUGCUUAGCACCCAGGCUGCCUCACUCAGUCACAUGUGCGCUUUGCGGGGAGGUGGAUCAGAAUGAAGACUCACAGGACUUUGAGAAGAAGCUCAUGGAGUGCUGCAUCUGCAAUGAGAUUGUUCACCCUGGCUGCCUGCAGAUGGAUGGGGAAGGGCUGCUCAAUGACGAGCUCCCCAACUGCUGGGAAUGUCCCAAAUGCUACCAGGGUGAUGACACAGAGAAGGGCCAGAAGCGCAAGAUAGAAGAGAGCGAUGAUGACAUGGCACAAGCCAAGGUGCUGCGGCCCCUGCGGAGUUGUGAGGAGCCCCUGACCCCACCACCCAACUCGCCCACCCCCAUGCUCCAGCUGAUCCAUGACCCGGUGUCACCACGAGGUGUGGUAACGCGCUCGUCCCCAGGUGCCGGUCCCAGCGAGCACCACAGUGCCAGCAGGGAUGAGCGAUUCAAGCGGCGCCAGCUUCUGCGGCUCCAGGCCACCGAGCGAACCAUUGUGCGGGAGAAAGAGAACAACCCCAGUGGCAAAAAGGAGCUGUCGGAGGUGGAGAAGGCCAAGCUGCAUGGCUCCUACCUCACCGUGACGCUCCAGCGUCCCACCAAAGAUGUCCAUGGCACUUCCAUUGUCCCCAAGCUGCAAGCCAUCACCGCCUCCUCUGCCAACCUGCAGCACUCUCCCCGCGUGGUGAUGCGCCACACGCCUGCCCGGAUGCAUCCCCGGGGUGGGGGGGAGGAUGAGGCAGCUGCUGAGGAGGACGAGGAGGAGGAGGAUGAAGAUGAUGAGAACACAGAGGAGGGGGGGGCUGCCCGUCUUAAUGGCAGAGGGGGCCGGGUGCAGGAGGGUGAGGAGAGCUGGAUGCAGCGCGAGGUGUGGAUGUCUGUCUUCCGCUACCUCACCCGCAGGGAGCUCUGCGAGUGCAUGCGGGUGUGCAAGACCUGGUACAAGUGGUGCUGUGACAAGAGAUUGUGGACAAAGAUAGAUUUGAGCAGGUGCAAGUCCAUCACCCCCCAGGCACUGAGUGGUAUCAUCAAAAGACAGCCUAUCAGCCUUGACCUCAGCUGGACCAACAUCUCCAAAAAGCAGCUCACGUGGCUUGUCAACAGACUGCCAGGCCUGAAAGACCUCAUCUUAGCAGGCUGUUCCUGGUCUGCAGUCUGUGCUCUCAGUACCUCCAGCUGCCCCCUUCUCAGGACCCUUGAUCUUCGGUGGGCAGUAGGAAUCAAGGACCCUCAGAUCCGGGAUUUGCUCACACCUCCAACAGAUAAACCCAGUCAGGACAAUCGCAGCAAACUCCGCAACAUGAUUGAUUUCCGGCUUGCUGGCCUGGACAUCACCGAUGCCACACUGCGGCUGAUCAUCCGCCACAUGCCCCUGCUCUCCCGCCUCGACCUCAGCCACUGCAACCACCUUACAGACCAGUCUGCCAACCUCCUCACAGCCGUGGGCUCCUCCACACGCAACUCCCUCACUGAGCUCAACAUGGCAGGCUGCAAUAAGCUGACAGACCAGGCCUUGCUGUACCUGCGCCGCAUCUCCAACGUCACCCUCAUUGACCUACGGGGUUGCAAGCAGAUCACUCGCAAAGCCUGUGAGCACUUCAUCUCAGAUCUGUCCAUCAACAGCCUCUACUGCCUGUCCGAUGAGAAGCUGAUCCAAAAAAUCAGCUAGAGACCCUCCCCCGGGCAGACUGAGGAGAAGGAGAAAAGCCCACCCCUCUCAGAGAGCCACUCCUCCACCUCCCCAUCUUGCCCUCGAUGUCCUGCCACUGCCACCUCGUGGGCAGGGCCGGUACUGGCCUUGCUCGGCUGUCCUUCCUCCUCCUACCGCUGGGACUUGUGCCGAUGUGGACAUCCCCCCCAGGCUGGCCAGUACGAGAGGAGGACCGGGCCCGCAGCAGGGAGCUCCCAAGGUGGAGGUUGUUGCCGAGAUCCCUGGGUGGAGAAACGGGGCGCACCCUCUUCCCCCUACUUUUCCCCAGCUCCUUGCCUUGAAACACUUGUCACUUCCCUGUUAGCACAAAGCUUGAGGCCUCUCCAAGGAGGAGGGAGCAGAGCUGGGACGGGCCCUCUCUCUCGGUGCCACCACCAGCUCGAGCCCUGCUCUAAACCCCCUCACCCAGCCCUUGGAUUCCUUUCUUCCCCUGCAGCAGCGAGGGCAGGAGCCCUCCAGCCUGGGCAUGGCGGCAAGGUUGGGGAUGGGGCUUCCACCCUGGGGCGCUUCCUCAGAGCCCUGUGCACAGGCAGUGGCCGAGGCUCGGCUGGGGGAGCAGCCCCCAGAGCUCAGGGAGGACUCGAAUAAUCAGCCGCGGGUGAGUGAGCACGGGGGGGGGGGGGGGGGGGGGGGGGGGGGGGGGGGGGGGGGGAGGAAGCUGCUGCAUCUCCCUCCCCAGCUGCCUACCACGGCCGAGCGCUGACAUUCGUGUGGCAGGGCUGCCUCGCUGCCUUGUCCUCUCAUCUCCCACCCUCCCCCCCACCCCAUUUUAGCUGCCGUUUUUUCCUUUGCAAUGAGCGGUUGGUCCAAAGAACCUCUCUCUUGGGCAGCAGAGAGCUUUUUGCACUUUAAGAAAAAAAAAACAAAAAAACAAAAAAAAAAAAGCAAAAAAAAUUAAAAGUAAAAAAUCGGAAAAAAAACUCAAGAUAUGAGGGAAAAAAAAAGAAAAAAAAAAGUUGGCAUCUUUUGGGUCGCUCUUUCGUUCCCCUCCCUGCCCGUGCCCGGCUGCUGCUCCUCUCCCCGGUGCAUGGCACAGCGCAGCCCCCAGAAGCAAUAAGGGAGGAGAGGAGGCUGCGGGCGGGCUGUGAGCAGCGCUGGGGGGGGUUUAGGGAAGGAGGGGGCAGAGCCCCCAUCUCUGUCCUGGUGGCUGUUGCUGCGGCGUUUUUCUUUCUUCUUGGGUUCAUUUGUUUGAGUUUUGCCACCAGGACAGAAGCGAGGGGAGCGGUGCGGGACCCCCCCCAUACAGCCCCUCCAUACAGCCCCAUAGCCCCGCAGGGACAGCGAGCUCCCAAUACACAAAGAGAGAGUUCUGUAUAUGGGAUCGCUCAGUGAUUUAAAGCGCCCGCACCGCGCCCGGCUGCCUCCCGCAACAACUCCCCAUCGUUUAAAGGUUUCGUUGUGUUUUCGUUCCGUUUCGACCCCCCCCUCCUCCCUUCUCCCCCCUCGGAGACAUAUUGUAAAUAUAUAUUUUUUGUUGGCAAUUUAGAGUCCAGCCGAUGUUUGUGCUUUCAAAUUAAAUGUAAGCGUUAAGGGUUCAAGCAAAA